AUGGUUCUUUCCUUCAUUCUAAUUCAAAACCGCCAAGGCAAGACUCGCUUGGCGAAGUGGUACGCACCGUACAACGAUGACGAGAAAAUCAAGCUCAAAGGCGAAAUCCACCGCCUAGUCGCGCCACGUGACCAGAAGCAUCAAAGCAACUUUGUCGAGUUCCGGGGCAGCAGCAAGAUAGUGUACAGGCGCUAUGCUGGACUCUUCUUCUGUGCAUGUGUCGACGCGAAUGACAAUGAGCUGGCUUAUCUCGAAGCGAUCCACUUUUUCGUUGAGGUAUUGGAUCAAUUCUUUGGCAACGUAUGCGAGCUGGACCUGGUGUUCAACUUCUAUAAGGUCUACGCCAUCCUCGAUGAGGUGUUCCUGGGGGGUGAGAUCCAGGAGACUUCAAAACAAGUCGUCCUCACUCGGCUCGAGCAUCUUGACAAGCUGGAGUGA